AUCAGUUCUUCCCCUCCUUGGUUUAGGGAAAGUAAGCAAAGUCGGAGGCGCCAACAAAUCCUCAGGAGUCUGCGUCCUCAGGUCCUGGUGUUGUAGAUCCAGAUGGCAAGCACACCAAGUUCAUCCGCGAAGGAGGUGCUGGUGGAUCCGGAAGUUGAGAAGAACGCAUCCGGGGAGACAGAGAUGACGACGGAGAUAAAGAAAAAGAUAAAGAUCGUGUUUGAGGUGCCAUCCAGCGAGGUGAGGCAGGUGAUGAACUUCAAGCCUAAGCCCUACAAGGUGGACAUAUCGGACGAACUGAUCAGACGUUUCCCGGAGAUGGCGGCAACUAUGUACAUGAUGUCUGUCGACACAGCCCCGGUCGCCGAGAGCUUUAAUAGAUGGAUGCUUGAGCGGAAGGAAGAUUUCACCAGGCAGCUCAAGGCCAAGGGCAUCGUCACCCGUGAGGCCGAGGUUGACGAGGACUACGACGAAGAGAAAGACUAUGCUCCGUCACAUCGAGGGCGUCGGAGGCACCGCCCGGGCGUCAUGAAAAAGCACCAAGGGGUGGCGACGAAACUUAACUAGUUAUCAGACUGAUCGAGCUAGCGAUAUAAUCAUGCUUGUUUCAGAUCAUCAGUUUUUUAUUGAACCAUAUUUCAGUUAUGCCAGCCCAACGAAUCUGUCUAUCUACAUAAUGCUUGUUUCAGCUCAUUCGAUUUAUUAAGAAUUUCUUGCUUUUUUGUCCAGUUAGUCUAUGAUUGUCUGGAGUUGUAGGUGUGCCAGACCACCAAAAUUUCU